UUAUCUUGUUUAGAGCAGACCCAGAGCUGCCCCAGUGCAGUUAAAACGAACAAGCCCAUUGUCUAAUCACCUAAAGCUCUCUCCAAGUCCUCCAUGGUUUUGGUGAUAAGUUGUUCUGUGUGUGACAGUUUCCCUGGUGGGAGGAGUGAAGACUGUUGCUGAAGUUUAUCGAUUUGUAAAAAAGUCGAAUAGAAUUACCUAAGGAAUUUCAACGUGGUCUAUAGGAUCUAGAGGGUUUGUGCCGAAUAGCAGGUUUUAAGCUAAAGACAUUCCACUUUAAAAAUAAAAAAGUAUAACGUUCAGUGAAGUAAACAUACCGGUUAAAAUAUCUAUAUUCUCACGUGGUAACGUUCAAUUAAAAAGACAAACAUGUCUGUUAAGUAUAUUUUUCCAAACGAGAUAUUAGAAAUAAUUUUCAAUUUCUGUGAUGUAUGUACUUUAUAUCAGCUUACUAUGGUAUGCAGACAAUUUAAUAUUGUAGCAUGCGAUACAUUAAAUAAAAAAAGUCAACAUUUAUUUGUCAGUAUCACGAAUCAGAAAUCGAAAAAAUUUGGUGAACGUCAUAGGAUGAUAUUUGUAGUCCGUUCUUAUAUUCAAGAUCGUCUUAAGUGCGGACUAAUAUUCGCUCUUUUCGUCACACACAGAAUGUGUCUGUGCAACAGAAAAACAGACCAUGCGGGCAUACACAAGCGAGAACCGCAUGUCACGCGUCCGUGUGCGCACGCGUCUGUGUGCGUAGCAUACUAUAUUUUGUGUCACUUCCUCAGUCUGUGACAAAUGCUACGUACGAUAAAUGCUAAGAAGUCAAGCGUUUUUAAUCGAGUAAGAUGUAAACCACUAUUAUCUUCAUAUAAUUCUAUAUUUAUUACAUAUUACAACUGGAUAUAUGCAAGAUAUAAAAGAAGUGAAGUAUAUGAAGCAGAAGAAAGACAUGUUAUAUAUUAUGAAACGAGUAAUCAAUCCCUACAAAUGACUAAAAAUACGGUUUGGUUUUGUGAAGAUGGUAAUUUUCUUGCUUAUAAUCGCGCAGACAACGGUACCAUUAAAAAGGAUGAAAAGAUUGUGGGAAAUAAUUACACUUUUAUUAAAUCUAUUGCUCAUUGCGAUGAUUAUAUUAUAAGUGGCGACGUAGCAGGUAUUAUUAAACACUGGAGAAUUGAAUCAGGAAAGGACAGAAGAAAUAAUCUUAAAUAUUCAGAAAUACAUGAUGUAGAUACAAAAAUUGAUUUCAUAGACGCAACAUCACAACACAUUACAUCUGCUUCUAAGAAUUUAAUAAAGAUACUGAAAUAUACAGACGAUAAAAAAGGUUGUACGGAAGAAAAGCAAAUAUUUUGUGGAGUCGACGUGGAACAACCUGAAGACUAUUGUUUUGACGACCAAAUUUAUGUAACAUCAAUCUCAUUUGACCCUAUAGGAACAAAAUUUGCUGCUAGUUUCAAUGAUUAUGAUCAAUCAUCAUCGUCGUUUCUAAUUUAUGAUAUUGAAAAAAGUUAUCAAGUAAUGGAAAAAGAAUGUGAAGAAUCUUGUUGCCAACUACUAUGGGAAGAUCCUUACACUAUUCUUAUGUGUUUUGAGAAAUCUAUUAAAAAAAUGGAUAUGAGAGUAUCCGAUUAUGUACGUACAUGGAAUUCUUCGCAAUAUGAAUAUUCAUUUUGUUGCUCAUCGGAUAAUAUGUACACUUUUAUGACAGGGCAUUAUGAGUGUGUUCUAUGGGAUCAAAGACAGAGUGUUGCCAUUCAAACGUAUGAUGUGGUUCACUCUGUAAGUUCUAGAGGUAUAAUUUCUCUAGCAUUUGAUAGUGGCCAUAUGUAUGCUAUUACACGCAAUUUUCUUUAUGAAUUGGAUUUUACGGAAAGACACCACUUUAAGCACAAAAAAAUAAAAAAGUUAUUUGGCAAUUUUUAUUAAAUAAAAAAAAUUGGUUGAUAAUUUUUUAAAUUAUAUUUUGAAUAUUUAUAUAAAUUCAAUGAACUCUAUACAGAUUGGGAAGCGCCAUGCUACUCAAGAUGCGAUCAGACAAAGAGAUUAUUUGAAAUGUUUUGUCUCUCUCUGUUGUAGACUCUCUUCACUGAAUU